CCAAGUCACAAAAAAAGAAUUAUUCAUGAACGAAGGGGAACAGCAGCAAGUUUUCCUGAUGUGUAAUUUUUGGGAGGGAUUUGGCAAGAUAGCAGUUCAACUUGCUUGAAGGGAGGAGAGCCAGCUGGACAUCCGGGAACAGGACAAUGGUGAGGAAGAGUGAGGUGGUGGAAGAUCAGCGUUUCCAGAGUUGAGGAAAUAGAAAUUAUUAAUUUUUUAGUAGUCGCUGUAAUUCCGGGAAUUUUCCAUUACGGGGCUGGAAAGUUUCCCAUAAGCCAUGUUCCUCUAGUGGAAAGCCUAGCCAUUAAAUAUGGCUCUCUGAUAUUCCAGUUGUGUUUGUGGGAGGCAUUAAUGACAUUUUAUAUUUCCUUUGCCUUACUGGGGAAAAGCUUCAGAAACCAAUUCUGUUCCGUUCCACACUUUAACUGUAUUUAUUCCAUUUUAUUUCACCUGUCAUUAUAUCCAGGAGCACUUCUGGAUUCCAAGCAAACUUGAAAACAGAAUGUAAAACAAUCGCAGUCCCUGACUUAGCUGUGCCUUCUAUAACUAAUAGUUAAGUUUUUAGGCGUGAGUGUAAACACUUAAAAAUACAGUCACAAUUUGCAGCUAUUUGUAUCAACCAAGAACAGAGAUUUGAUCUAGACUGUGUCUUGUUUAGCAGAAAGCCUUUCAAUGAACAUAUCAAGCAUAAGAAGCCUCCCCUUUUGACCUAAAAGGGAGUGUGCAUGAACUACAAAGCAGAUAAAGCGCUCCUAGAAGUUUGUUGCAUGAUAUAUUUAUAACACCAUUCUUGAACUAUGAGAAUUAGUCUGCCGCAUCAACAGACCUUUGGACUAGACUUCCAUCAAAAAGGUCCGGAAGAAACUAUUUAAUUAUGUCUGAACCUUUAAUCUGUUUCUGAAAAGCCAGAGAUUUUCCAGGCAGUGUUUUCCAGAAGGGAGAAGAACCCCUUUACAACGUAGAUUAUAGAAUAACGGGAUUGAAAGAGACCUUGGAGGUCUUCUAGUCGGAUCCCAUCCUUGCUUAAGCAAGAGGCCGUAUAUCAAGGGCACCCAACCUUGGCAAUUUUAAGACCUAUGGAUUUUUAGCUCUUAGAAUCUGGGGAAUCCUGGGAGUUGAAGUCCACAAGUCUUAAUAUUGCCAAGAUUGGGCACCCCUGCCCUAUAUGCCAUUUCAGCCAAAUGGCUGUCCAGUCUUUGCCCAGCUGGGUAACCUGGUUAAUCGCCAGCUCCUCUCUUUUGCAGAAGGCAAGGCUCUUUCCCACCAGAGUUGGCCGUCAGCGAUGUUGCAGUGCCGGCAUGCUGAGGAGUUCAGCUUUGGGCCCCGGGCGCUGAAGGACGCUCUGAUUUCGACCGACCCCACCUUGCAGGAGCUCUACAUGAAAACUUUCUCCAGCAACGAAAAGCUCUUCCUCUCCGAAGCCUAUAACCCACGCCGGACGCUUUUCUGCAGCUUGUUCAUCAGGACGGCUUUUGAUUGGCUCCUCAGCCACCCCGACGCCCCAGAGGAUUUUGAGACCUUUUACUACGCGUUGCUAAAGAAAAAACAACGAUUCUGCCGCAAGCACAUAUACCUGCAACCCAUAGACCUAAGCGAAGGGCCCGUGGGGCUCUCCCUCCUGGAUUCCCUCCGGAGCUGCGUGGAGUCUUUCUUUCUGGGCCUCCGCGUCAAGUGCCUCCCUUCGGUCUCCAUCUCUUCCAUCCGCUGCUGUUACCGUCACAAUCAGGAUUCGGACAGGACGCAGCUUCACACAGAUGGCAUCUUGAGCUUUCUGAAGAACAACAAGCCAAUGGACGCUCUCUGUGUCCUGGGCCUCACCCUCGCUGACCUCUACCCGUGUGAGACAUGGAGCUUCACCUUUGGCAAGUUCUUGCCAGGCCAAGAAGUGGGCGUCUGCAGCUUUGCCAGAUUUUCCAGCGAUUUCCCCCAGAUGGGUUGCACGGCUUUAAACCCAUCUCCACGCCGACAGGAAGUGCAUAACGAAGAGGUGGAAUUAGCCAGAAAGCAGACCUUGUUGUUUAACAUGUUGGAAAUGCUUCAGUGCUGCAAGGUCACGUGCCAUGAGAUCUGUCAUCUGAUCGGCUUGGGGAACUGCCGUUGGCUUCAGUGCAUCAUGCAAGGAGCCCUCAGCUUGGAUGAAAUUAUGCUGCGGCCACUGGAACCUUGCCCGAUAUGCCUUCGGAAGCUGCAGUACGUCGUGGGUUUCAAGCUCAUAGAGCGCUACAAGAAACUCUACGCUUGGAUGCAGACGAUUUCAUCUACCUGGCUCAGCCAAGACUCUACGGAGCUGUCCGUAACGGAGGACAUUUGGCUACCCAGCGCAGACUCGGGGAUGGGUUGUGAGAACGACUUCGAGGCCAUCACCUCCCUCUCGGAGCCCUUGACCCCAGACACGUACAGCCAAGCGGCCUCCACCUUGCAGGAUCUUGAUCUUGACGAGCAGUCAACUUCAUUGACUGGCAUUCCAGACCAGGAACAGCUGGGCGGAGGUGGCAGCAGCAGUGGCACCCCGAAGCCCCUGGACAUGAUCAAGGAAUACAAACGGUGGUUGGAGCUGUGCAUUGCGGCUCUUGAAAAGGACGUGUCGGAAGAGGAAAUCCAGCAGCUAGACAAGAGUGUGGAAGCUCUGGCACGAUGGGAGAUGUUCACGGGUCAGCUGCCCCACACGCGGAAAGACUUCCAUUUUCCCAAUGACAGUCCUGGGCUGAGGAAAGUUCUUGGAGACAAAUUCUCCUCCUUAAGAAGGAAACUGAACUCCAGAAAAUUGGCCAGAGGGGAAUCUUCUCCCCAUCGCUGGAGAUGGGAAGACAGUUAGCUCCUUGAGAUGUUUUGCAGCCCUUUUUAAAUGAUGGAUUCGGUGUGGGUUUGGUGAAGUCUCGUUUCUUGGAUUAAUGCCUCGUCUUUUCAACUUCACCUUUGUUCUGUUGGAGAAUUAAGAAUUUCCCAAGUGCAAUAAAAUAAGUCUGUUCCUAUCUUUCCUAGUUCCUGGAAAGGGUGGCGGGAUAAAGAGGCUCUCUUUUUUCUACAAAGGGAGAAUGUAGGAACCUAGACGUAGCCGUGAGUCUCGUUUAAAUUAUUUUGAUUUGCAGGUCAAGACAACAUCCCUAUCAAAUGUGGCAAACUCGCUACCAUGGAAAACACAAAUGCAAACAGCUCUGCAGAAGACAGCUUUGCAUGUUUAUGUAAUCAUCCUGCAAGUUAUGUAAUACUCGAUUUUUGACAGUGGAAAUUCGGGUGGGGAACCAGAUCCACGUUGUUUAGCACUCUCAAAAAAGGGAGUGUAGAGAAAACUCAUUAUUCUGCUGUCGUCUGCCAGUUGCAUGAGAUUUUUCUUUCCUACCUGUUAUCAUUCCUCCUAACAGAUUUGUCAUCAAGAAAAUGUCACACUUAGCCUGAACUUCCUUGUGGGACAGGAGAGAGUCUGGGGAAAAGUGGGACGUUAUUAGGAACAUUCAUGAAGCCUUUUUGUUUAAUUGUUGGGACUCAAAAGAUCUGGUUUGAAAAGCAGAUUUCUCUCUCUCUUCUCCCACAACAAAGCUUUUAAUUUUACUUAUCAGUUUUAGAACUCCAGAUCUGAAAAGGGGGUUCGCUUCCCUUCUCCCCACAAGUGAUCUUUAUUAAAAUAGAGACUGUAAACUUGAAACCUGUUUUAAGGACUGUGCAAGGAAGUGUAGAGUUAGCACUUUUGUAGAGGCUGAUCUAAAACCAAUCUUGAUUUUUCUACCCAAAGACUUCCUAAUUAAAAUAGCCAGAUACACAGCUGCUAGAAUAGACUGUAUAGCAGUCAAUGAGACUUAGACAUACAUAAGGUGUAUCACACUGCCUAACUAUUAUCUGAAAAGAAUAAGCUUAACUUGAACAAAUAUAAUCAUCAAUUUUGACUCCAUGCUUUCAACCCCAAUGUAUCUUUCAGGAAAAAGCAAGCGCUGAGGCUGCCUUAGCCCUACGGUUACUCUCGCAGUUGGUUAAAUAUUGCUUUAAUUGCUUCUGUGACAGACAUUACGUUACACACUCUUCUUUGCAUGUUAAAAGCAGAAAAAAACCGGCAAGCUGAUCCAGCAUUGGAAAAACCCCAGGGGCCACAGAGGAUCAGUGCAGGCAGGGGAGAAAGAGUAUUUUACAAAUAAAUACUUUGAUUAAAAAAAUAAAUAAAUUAGUGAAGAACAGAGAAGCCGGAUCAAAAAUAAGCUUGCAUCUCCCCCAUCAGCUAGCAAAAGGGUUUGCAGGACUGGGGGGUUGCUAUAGCAACUGGCUUUUUUUGUUUUGGUUUUGCAAGGGAAGAGAAUCUUUCUGGCAUCUCUUUGCAAAAACAGCUGCUGGGUUGGGGCGCCUGCAUAGGCGUUUUGCCUCCUGCUUUCUCCUAGUUUAAUUUGGCACACAGGGCUGGAAAAAAAAUCCCUCUUGUGCACGAGAAGCCAAAUGCAUUUAUUCUUCUAUAUUGCAAGAACCGGACCCGACUCGUCGCACAGCCAGCAGCUACUUAUCUCGCAAAUGAAUUGACACCGGCUUCUAUUCUCCUCUAAUAUCAACGAUCAGAAGAGCAGAGGCUUUAUUAAUGCUGAAGCAUUUGAUCGAAGUGCUGAUUGGGGAAUUCUGGGUAUUGAAGUCCAACACCUCUUAAAACUUCCCAAGGGCUGAGAAACACUGCAGCAGACCAAUGUUUGGCAAGCUUGGCCAAUUCCAGCCGUACGGCCUUCGGCACCCAGAAUUCUCAUCAAUGGCCCUACUGCUAGGGAAUUCUGGGAGUUGAAAUCCACCCCUCUAGAAAGUGCCCUGGUUGGGGAACCCAGCAGUAAAACACUUCACCAAGCCUUCUUCUUUUUAUUACAACCCCAGUUAAAUAAGGGGAAAGGAAGGAAGGUGAUCCUCAAAAUCUCCCCCAUCUGCUCAACCCAUUAAUAGACAGAUUUACACAUUUCGCUGCAUAUAAAACUCACGUUCAUUUUGCAAACAGAUGGCUGCGAUGCGCUCAGAAAGGGAGACGGAAUAAAAAUGCUGGCAUUUAUUUCACAAUCUCUAUUCCUUUUUUUUUUUUUAGUAUUAAUUGCUAUGGGUGUGCUCUAGGCAAAAGGAAGAAUACAAAUCCUGCUCAGCCAAUUUAGAAUUAUUCAAGGUUUUUCUUUCUUGGUGCUCUCUGAGCUUGGUUGUUUUCUUGUAGGCGUUUCAAGACCCAGCUAGGUAACAUCAUCAGUGCCACAAGGGGGUGGGUUUUGCACCGAUGAUGUUGACCUAAUUGUGAUCAUGGCUAUAUUAAAUAAAAUCUGCAGUCUGUGCAUUUCUAAGACCACUAGUUGCUGUCCCAUCCACUGCAACUGCUGCUCCCCAGCAGAAUUAAAAUUGUUUGGCAGAGUCUAAAGCACAGUAAUAACUAAUCACGUUUUUAAUGCAUUUACAAAAUUGGUAUGUACAAAACAGCCAAUCCAAAACGAAGCCGUACAUUUUUACACCACGGUAUUUUAAUAGCACAUUUUCAGGAAAAGACAAUAUCGCUGUAAAAAAGAGGCCACAAAGAUCACAGAUUCCCUUUUCAACGUGUAUAAAAUAGAACAAUUGAAAAGCACAGACAAUGCCACAUAGCGACAGCAUUUACGGCACAUCCAUUUUGGCUUGAUGACAAAAUUUGGACUCUGUUGAACUUGGGAAAUUAAAGCUUGAACCCACGCCUGUCCUACCCCCAACUAUUCAUACAAGUUCAUAAGAUGCAGAAUGCUGCAAAGGAUGCUGUUUGAGCUUGAAGACUCAGGGAAGUCUUUCGUUGGUCCAGGUUUCUCCAAAUGGGACCUCAGAGGUUGAUAGGACUGUCCAAGAGGUCAAUGGAAAGGACUUAGGAGGUCUUCUAGUCUAACCCGCCACUUAAGGCAGAUCUUAUACCAUCCCAGUCAAAUGAUUGUCUAUUUUCAAAAAUCUCCAGUGAUAGAGCAUCCACCACUCCAAGAGACAAGCUAUUCCUUUGAUUAAUUGCUAUCAUAGUGAUAGUACCAUUAGUUGGGGAUAGUAAACAAUUUCCAUCUAAUAAAUGUUUCACAAUCUGAAGCUUUGUGAAAAGUUGGCCAGGGAAUUCUGGCAGUUGAAGUCCACCCCUCUUAAACUUACUGAGGUUGUAAAAUACUGCUUUAAGGUACAGAGAGCCAUGAUGGUUAAGCGUGCGCUUCUAAAGAGAUACACCGCAUUAACUUUCAGGACGUUUAAUAGGCCUUCACUACAGCCAAGAUCUUUUAACACUACGUAAGAGAAAGUUUGAAUGUUCCCAUUAUCAACAAAGAGGCCAGCAAAAUAAAAUAGCCUAGGAGUUACCAGAUGUCAAGAGAUUGUCUUAAGCCAUCAAACCCUUUCUCUAAAGAUAGUCAGCAAAAAAACAAGGACUUUGCUGACGGCAUUUUGUUUCUGGAGACACAGGCUGUCAAUGUUUAAGCAAACAGUCAUGGAAAAACUUAAUUUGGAAACCAGGUCUACUCCUCCUCCACAUUUCCAAACAAUUUUUGGCUUAUCUCCAGGAGGUCACUGUGUGUGUGUGUGUGUGUGUGUGUGUGUGUGUGUUUAAACUGGACUGCAACAAUUUCCAAGCGAGUUGCAGCACAGUACGGGCAACGAGCCAAGCCUUAGCUAACCGUUCAGCCUGUGGUUGGAAGUUUCUUUAAUUUGGGAAAAAAAUGACCCCACUGAUAAAACAUCAAAACAGCAUCUGAGGGCACUUCACCCAGUUACCAUUUUCGAUGGGAAAUACAUUUUCGUUACAAGAGCAGAGAAAGAGGUUAAGAUUUGUUCCUACUGCCUCAGAUGGCAUUCCUGCUUCCCUUAUUUCAGAAGCUCUCUAUUAAAUUGGAAACUUUCUACAGGCAGUCCUCGGCUUACGGCCACAACUCAGCCCAACAUUCCUGUUGCUAAGCGAGCCAUUUGUUAAGAGAGUUUUGCCCCAUUUUAUGACCUUUCUUGCCACAGUUGUUAAGUUAGUAACUUGGUGAAGUGACUCUGGCUUCCCUGUUGUCAGAUGGUUGCGAAAGGUGAUCACAUGAUCCCAGGAUGCUGGGACUGUUCAUUAAUAUGAGUCAAGUUGCCAAGGGUCUGAAUUUCGGGGAGACUGCAAUGGUCAUAAGUGUGAAAAAACGGUCUUUAAGUCACUUUUUUCAGUGCCACUGCAACUCUGAAUGGUCACUAUAUGAAUUUGAGGUUGGCUGACAUAAUAAAAUACGAAACCUGAAGCAUCCUCCUUGUAGCUUCCGUUUCGUGAGAUUAAAAAUAAACAAAAAACAAAAACCACAACCCAACCUUCUCAUGUUUUCCAAAACCAUUCUUCUGCCGAGCUUACACGAAAACAAUUCUCAUGCAAAAUCGUCUUGAUGUGGAUGUGUCUACAUGUGGGCUGACAGACACCGAAUUUCCUCUUGGUUCCUGGCCAAGAUGACUAAGUACACAGAAUUAUACGCCUUACAGAGGCUUCUUUGGACAAAGGACAAACUGUGCAACUCACUGGUGCAAAACAUACGGAGUAUAAAUUCAAAGACGAUUGUCCUGUGUACGACCCACUUCCUGGCUGGUCGGGACCGUUACAAUCAAAUGCUCUGUCUGCAAAUUUGCUUUCCCCUCCCCACCUUCCUUUAUCCAAGUGUGCCUGGAAGAGAACAAUCUGGGCAUUGGGCUGGAACGAAGGCAAUUGGAUUGAAAAGCAUUGUGGCUUGGUCAGGGGAAAAAAAAAAAUAGAAGCAGUGCUUAGAUGGCUAAAACAGAGGUUCCCAACCCCCCUCCCCUUGUGACCUGCUAUCAGGCUGUGACUUAUUUGCUACUGGGUCAUGCGGGCGGUGGGCUGGCAUGCAUGCAGGCACACAGCUUUUGUGCGAGCUAGCACGUGUGCACGUGAACACGCAGAUCAAUUUGUGUGUGCAGCUCAACUUGCACACAUGUUGAGCUGCACACGUAUGCCGGCCUGCCGGUCACCUGGCCCGGUUCCCCUCUCCCCCCCCAGCUGGGCCACCAAACCGCAAAGAUUGGGGACCCCGGGCUAAAGAACACGUAAUAGUUCUGCACUGGAUUGA